AUGGCGGGCUCAAUCAUUCCCGCGCGGGCUAUCAUCCCGUUUCUCGUUGCCAUGAUGCUGUUCACGGGCGUUUGCAACACACUCUUGACCAAAUAUCAAGAUAACCAAUGCGUCCGCGACUGCGAUAGCCCCGACCCCAAGAAGCGCCGGCACUUCGAACAGCCCGUGAUCCAGACCCUGCAAAUGUUUGUCGGCGAGAUGGGCUGCUGGCUCGUCGUUGGCCUCGUCUCGCUCUACCGCCGCUACGUUUCCCCGUCGUCAUCAUCAAGCGCUACCUACCAACCUCUCCCUACCGGUAUCAACGACGACACUGAAGAAACCACCAACCCGCGUGAUGACGCCGACAACGAGAGCAUCCGCUCCACAACCCCCCUCGCCCCGUCGUCCCGAGCCGGCAACCCCAACUGCGAUGUCCCCAAGCCGCACAACUGCCCUUCUGUCUUGCGCGGCUGGCGCGUGACACUGCUGGCUCUGCCUGCCAUCUGCGACAUCCUCGGCACGACGCUGAUGAAUGCUGGCCUGCUACUGGUAGCGGCCUCCAUCUACCAGAUGACGCGCGGUGCGCUGGUCCUGUUCGUCGGACUGUUCAGUGUCGUCUUCCUCCGGCGCCACCUGCAUGCGUUUCAGUGGCUGUCGUUGGUCGGUGUGGUAGCCGGCGUGGCGGUCGUUGGCUUGGCCGGCGCGAUCCAGCCGGAUAAGAAACACGCGGAUACGGAUGUUGACGGCGGCGCAGGGGCAACUGAGGUCGGCGCCGACGCCCUGAUGGUAAUUGUUGGAGUGUUGAUGAUUGCGGGCGCGCAAAUCUUCACCGCCACGCAGUUUGUCCUGGAAGAAUGGAUCCUCGAGCGCUCGGCGAUCGAGCCGCUCCGCGUGGUUGGCUGGGAAGGCGUUUUUGGGUUCCUCGUGACAUUGGCUGGUAUGGUCGUGCUACAUUUCACGAUUGGCCGGACCGAUGCCGGCCGGUACGGUCCCUUCGACAUGGUCGAAGGCUGGCGCCAAUUCUGGGAGUACCAGUCCGUCUUCGUGUCCAGCGUGCUCAUCAUGGUCAGCAUCGGCGGCUUCAAUUUCUUCGGUCUCUCCGUCACCCGCACCGUCAGCGCCACCUCGCGCUCCACCAUCGACACCUGCCGCACCCUCUUCAUCUGGAUCGUCUCUCUCGGCCUGGGCUGGGAGACCUUCAAGUGGCUGCAAGUCGUCGGUUUCGCCCUGCUCGUCUACUUCACCUUCCUCUUUAACGGGCUCGUCCAGCCGCCGUUCAAGUUCCUUCGGGUGCGCGAGGUGGAGGAGUUGUUGCCUGAGGAGCCUAUUGAACAUAGCUAG